CACAGACUAUUUGGGAGAUCUGAAAUCAAUCGAACAAGAAUGUUGUACCGAGUCCAACUGUGUUUGUUAAGUUAGGAGACUGGGUAGUGGAAAGUUUUCUGAGAGGUUUUGGUUUUCGAAACCCUUCUUUCCAUGCAAGCAAAAAGUCAUUUACCAUCUGUAGACUCUGGCAGACCUUUUCAUAACUUGCAAAUGUUCUUGACUAGUUACGAACCGUCUUCAAUAUAUUCUCAGUUUCCGGGGGCUCCACAAAGUACCCAUGAGGUUCCUAAUCAACUUAUUUUGCCUCCCUUCCCUGAAUUACGACAUCUUGACGUGAUGCGUCAGCUAGAGAAGAGUCCUGAGAAGACUAUUCCUUUUGAAAAUUAUCAAGAACCACCAGUUUAUGUGAACGCCAAGCAAUAUCAUCGCAUCCUAAAGAGAAGAGAAGCGCGAAAGAGACAACUUGGAAAAGAAGCGUUUAUAGAAAGAAAAGUUAAACGGCCGUAUCGCCAUGAAUCUCGCCAUCGACACGCCAAGAACCGGCAGAGAGGCACGGGUGGAAGAUUUCUAAGCAAGUCGGAAAUGGAAACGGCAAGCUUACAACAGAGUGAUGAAGGAAGUUCUCAAUGCUUUGAGAGACAAGCUGAACGUUUGUCAGUUUCGUGUGAAUGAUUAUUUUAUUUCUGGUGAACGUGUUUCCUCCUCUUUUUUGUAUGAACAGUCUAACAUAAAUUGGCAAGUGUUAAUACGAGAAACAGUGUCUAGUUACUAGUGUCACACACAGUUGCCUUUUUUGUGGCUUUGGGACCUACGAAUUCAAGAA